AUGGUGAUGCUGGUUCGCGAGACAUCGCGUACCGUGGCAAUCGCGACCGCGUUGCUCUGCUUAUUAAGUGGCUUCAAUUGUCUCAAUGGAGUGCUGGGCGCUGGCAAGGUGGACGACUCGAAGGGUCCCGUCUUCCUGAAGGAACCGACCAACCGCAUCGAUUUUUCCAACUCGACCGGCGCCGUAGUUGAGUGCAGCGCAACCGGCAAUCCGCCACCGGAAAUGAUCUGGAUCCGCAGCGAUGGUACGGCCGUCGGUGAUGUACCCGGACUGCGGCAGAUACUGCCGAACGGAAAUCUGGUGUUCCCACCAUUCCGGGCCGAAGAUUACCGGCAGGAGGUGCACGCCCAGGUGUACGCAUGCAUGGCCAAGAACCAGUUCGGAUCGGUUAUUUCACGCGAUGUCAACGUUCGUGCCGUUGUGCAUCAGCACUAUCAGAUCCGCGUGAACGAUGAGUUCGUGUUGAACGGCAAUGCGGCCAUCCUGAAGUGUCUGGUACCGUCCUUUCUGCAGGAUUUCAUCACAAUCGAAUCGUGGGACAUUGACGAUCAAACUGUCAUGAUCGAUGCGGAUGAAUCGACGAUGGAUGGUAAAUACAUGGUGCUACCCUCCGGUGAGCUACACAUCCGUGAAGUUGGACCCGAGGAUGGCUACAAGAGCUACCAGUGCCGUACGAAGCAUCGUCUCACCGGGGAGACACGUCUGUCGGCCACCAAGGGGCGAUUGGUGAUCACAGAACCACUUGGUAGGGUGUCUCCCAAGCUAGACUCCACUUCCAAGAUCGUGACGGCAGAGGUAAGGCGUGGUAAUACGAUCGCCUUACUUUGCUCAGCUCAGGGCUACCCGAUAGCCGUUUUUAGAUGGUACAAAUACAUCGAAGGAACACAGCAGAAGAAGGCCGUUGUGUUGGACGAUCGGGUGAAGCAAGUGUCCGGUACGCUCAUCAUCAAGGAUGCGGUAGUAGACGACUCGGGCAAGUACCUGUGCGUGGUAAACAACUCGGUUGGCGGCGAAAGUGUGGAAACUGUUCUGACGGUGACGGCACCGCUAGCGGCAAAGAUUGAACCACGCACGCAAACGGUGGACUUUGGCCGUCCGGCUGUGUUUACCUGCAAGUUUUCGGGCAAUCCGAUCAAAACCGUUUCCUGGAUGAAGGAUGGCAAAUCACUCGGGCACAGCGACGCGGUGCUGCGUAUUGAGUCCGUGAAGAAGGAGGACAAGGGCAUGUACCAGUGUUUCAUUCGCAACGACCAGGAAAGUGCACAGGCUAGUGCAGAGCUAAAGCUUGGAGGACGUUUUGAUCCACCGAUAAUUCGUGAAGCAUUCCCCGAGGAAACACGUCAUCCAGGACCGUCGGUGUUUUUGAAGUGUGUCGCCGGUGGUAACCCAACGCCCGAAAUCAGCUGGGAAUUGGAUGGAAAGAAAAUAACGAACAGCGAACGCUAUCAGGUCGGACAGUACGUGACGGUGAAUGGUGACGUUGUGUCGCACUUGAAUAUUACGUCGAUCCAUUCGAACGAUGGUGGGUUGUACAAGUGUAUGGCGAGCAGUAAGGUCGGCGUUGCUGAACACUCUGCGAAGCUAAAUGUGUAUGGGCUACCGUACGUCCGGACGAUGGAAAAGAAAGCGAUAGUGGCUGGCGAAACGUUGAUUGUUACCUGCCCGGUAGCGGGAUAUCCGAUCGAAUCGAUUGUUUGGGAACGAGAUAACCGGCAACUACCGAUCAACCGCAAGCAGAAAGUGUUCCCGAACGGUACGUUAAUCAUCGAAAAUGUCGAACGAAACUCGGACCAAGCGACGUACACCUGUGUGGCGAAGAAUUCGGAAGGAUAUACUGCGCGUGGUACGCUGGAAGUUCAAGUUAUGGCUCUGCCGGUAAUUAAUCCAUUCCACUUCGAGGAUCAUGUCGAUUCGGAAGAAAGCGUUCAGGUUACCUGUCAUGCGUCUAAGGGCGAUCUACCGAUCGAGAUCACCUGGCUGUUUAACGGCAAACCCAUCCGUAUUAGUUCCAACAUUGAGAUCACUUCGAUCGGUAAACGCUCUAGUUCGCUAAGUAUACCCUCUGUCGGAGCGGAUCAUUCGGGGGUGUACACUUGCACUGCAAAGAAUGUUGCCGGUAGUCGCAACCAGUCUGCUGAGCUGUUCGUUAAGGUUCCGCCCAAGAUAUUCCCCUUCAGUUUCGGUGAUGAUCCCAUGAACGAGGGCGACUCUGGUUCGGUUCAGUGUAACGUACCUUCGGGUGAUUUGCCGAUCGGUAUUAAAUGGUAUUUCAAUGGUGCUGUAAUUGAGGAUCUUGCCACUACCAUCACGAAUAUUGGCAAAAGAGCGAAGGUGUUGACGAUAGACUCUGUGGUGGCACGGCACGCGGGAAACUAUACCUGCGAGGCGUCAAACCUUGCGGACGUAGUCCAUUUUAGUGCCUCGCUGGUGGUUAAUGUACCUCCAAGAUGGAUUCUUGAACCAACUGAUAAGGCCUUUGCACAGGGUUCGAACGCCAAGGUAGAAUGUAAAGCGGAUGGUUUCCCUAAGCCACAGGUCACCUGGAAGAAGGCAGUGGGAGACACUCCCGGCGAAUAUAAGGAUCUACGGUCGAAUGAUUCAAGCAUUCGUGUGGAAGAAGGAUCACUGUUCAUUCAAAACAUCCAGAAAUCGAACGAAGGAUAUUAUUUGUGCGAAGCCAUUAACGGAAUCGGAUCCGGUUUGAGUGCGGUCACGCUGAUCACCGUACAAGCGCCACCAGAAUUCGUAGAGAAGCUGCGCAAUCAAACAGCCCGCCGUGGUGAACCGUCCGUGCUGCAGUGUGAAGCAAAGGGUGAGAAACCGAUUGGCAUCCUGUGGAACAUGAACAACAUUCGCCUGGACCCGAAGUCGGACAAUCGGUACACGAUUCGUGAGGAAAUUCUGCCCAACGGUGUUACCUCAAGCCUUUCCAUCAAGCGCACGGAACGAAGCGACUCGGCACUGUUCACCUGCAUGGCGACGAAUGCGUUCGGUAGCGAUGAUACGAGCAUCAACAUGAUCAUUCAGGAACCACCAGAGAUGCCGUACGCGCUGAAGGUGUUGGACAAAUCGGGCCGAACUGUGCAGUUGAGCUGGGCCAAACCGUACGAUGGUAACUCUCCGCUGAAGCGUUACAUUAUUGAGUUCAAACGAUCGCGGGGAUCGUGGGAAAAUGAUAUCGAUCGAGUGAUUGUGCCCGGAGACACGAAUGAGGCUCAGGUGCAGAAGCUAAGCCCCGCCACAACGUACAAUAUUCGCAUCGUAGCGGAGAACGAUAUCGGCGUGUCGGAUCCUUCGGAUGUGGUAACGAUCAUAACGGCUGAAGAGGCUCCAUCCGGUAAACCACAGGCAAUCAAAGUGGAAGCCAUUAACCAGGCAACACUGCGCGUCAGCUGGAAAGCUCCGGCUCGCGCCGAAUGGAAUGGGGACAUUUUGGGAUACUAUGUAGGAUACAAACAGGCCUCCCUGAACACUCUGUACGUAUACGAAACCGUGAACUAUUCGCCCGAGGGUGGAGAAGGCAAGGAACACAGCCUGGAGAUCAAUAACCUGAAGACCUAUACGCAGUAUUCGAUUGUAAUCCAAGCGUUCAACAAGGUUGGUGCUGGUCCGAUGAGUGACGAAGAGAAGCAAUACACGGCGGAAGGUACACCAGAUCAGCCACCAAGCGAUACGAUGUGCACAACGCUGACCUCGCAGACGAUCCGUGUGUCUUGGGUAAGCCCACCUUUGGAAUCGGCGAACGGUGUCAUCAAGGGUUACAAGGUGGUGUACGCACCCAGCGAUCUGUGGAAUAACGAUAAGAACAAGGAUUACAAGAAGACGGCUUCCAGUGAUACGGUUUUGCAUGGUUUGAAAAAAUACACCAACUACACGAUGCAAGUGCUGGCAACGACCUCUGGUGGUGAUGGCGUGCGCAGUGCGCCGAUCCACUGUCAAACGGAACAGGACGUCCCGGAAGCACCGACCGCUGUAAAGGCUCUGGUAAUGUCCGAAGGAUCAAUUCUUGUUUCUUGGCAACCACCGGCACAACCCAACGGUUUGAUUUUGCAGUACACCGUGUACAUCAAGAGUGGAGAGCAAGAACCGAAAAGCUACAAGGUGCCAUCGUUCCAAAUAAACUAUGAAGCAUCGGGAUUGGAGAAAAAUCAAAAGUACGAAUUCUGGGUGACGGCUUCCACUACUAUCGGCGAGGGUCAAUCCUCCAAAACACUGUCCGCCAUGCCGAGCGAUAAGGUGCCCGCCAAGAUCGCUUCGUUCGAUGAUAAGUUUACGGCCACGUUCAAGGAGGAUGCUAAACUACCGUGUUUGGCUGUGGGCUCUCCAACGCCGGACAUUACCUGGAAGAUUAAGGGUGUAGAGUUUGUACCGAACGAACGCAUCCGUCAGCUGCCCGAAGGAUCAUUGUUCAUCAAGGACGUUAUUCGUCAGGAUGCAGGUGACUAUACCUGUACCGCGGAAAAUUCGAUCGCCAAAGAUUCGAUUACACAUCGGCUGAUUGUACUGGCCCCUCCGCAAUCGCCACAGCUUACGCUUACGGCAACAACCACGGAUUCGCUGUCGGUUAAGUUGAAGCCACAUGAAUCGGAUACCGCACCUCUGCAGGGUUACACGCUGCAUUACAAACCCGAGUUCGGCGAAUGGGAAACAAUCGAUGUUGCGCUGGAGGCACCGAAAUACACAAUUGAAAAACUGUACUGUGGAUCACGUUAUCAGGUGUACGCAACGGCUUACAACACUAUUGGUGCAGGAGAACCGUCCGAUAUUUUGAACACGCGUACAAAAGGUUCGAAACCACUCCUGCCGGAAAAGUCACGAUUCAUCGAAGUUUCAUCGAACUCGAUCACGUUGCAUCUUCCCGCGUGGAAGGAUGGUGGAUGUCGAAUGUCUCAUUUUGUAGUUGAGCACAAAAAGAAGGAUCAAAUUGAUUGGAACCAGAUUUCGAACAACGUUAAGCCGGGUGGAAACUUCGUAGUGUUGGAUCUUGAACCUGCCACCUGGUACAAUCUUCGCGUCACGGCGCACAACAAUGCCGGAUUUACUGUUGCCGAAUAUGAAUUCGCUACCCUUACCAUGUCGGGAGGCACGGUUGCGCCAAGCUUCGGCUCGGUUCAGCCUGGUACCAUGUACCCGCCGUGGAUACCGCACUGGAUAGACCUGAACGUUAUGGUACCACUGAUCGCAACCGUGAUCGUGGUGGCGGUAGGUGUACUAGUCAUUUGCGUAGCAAUCUCCCGACGCCGAGACGAUGAUCCCCGAUGCGGACCGAAGGAUGUAUACUACGAUGUCGUGUACAAUCAGUCGAUGGGACCGGCGGGAGCAGCUACACUGGACAAGAGGCGACCGGAUAUACGCGACGAGCUGGGUUACAUUGCACCGCCGAACCGUAAGCUACCACCGGUACCGGGCUCCAACUACAAUACCUGUGAUCGCGUCAAGCGUGGAACAGUAAUAAGCCAUAAUCCUUCCAUAAAAUCGAACCAUACCACUUGGGACCCGCGACGUCCGUUGUACGAAGAACUGAAGAAGGCUCCACCACCAUUGCCAAGACGUUUCAACCAUCCACCGGCGUGUUAUGGCAUGGAGGAUGAGAUUUGUCCGUACGCAACGUUCCAUCUGCUUGGCUUCCGGGAGGAGAUGGACCCGACGAAGGCAAUGAACUUCCAAACCUUCCCGCAUCAGAAUGGUAUGGGCGGUCCCGGACAUAUGGGCACAAUGGGAUCCAGCAUGGCAAUGCAGGUUCCCAGCCACGUACACUCACGAUCCGGUUCGCAAUCAAUGAAUCGCUAUGCACGCAAAAAUAGCCAAGGAGGCCAGAGCAGCAUCUACACACCGGCUCCGGAAUAUGACGAUCCGGCCAACUGUGCUGAGGAAGAUCAAUAUCGACGUUACACACGCAUCAACUCGCAGGGCGGUUCGCUGUACUGUGGCCCGGGACCUGAGUACGACGAUCCGGCCAAUUGUGCACCGGAAGAUGAUCAGUACGGUUCGCAGUACGGUGGCAACUAUGGCACACCGUACGAACAUUAUGGUUCGCGAGGCUCGGUAGGCCGCCGCAGCGUUGGUUCGCCGGAACCGCCACCACCGCCACCGCGCAACCACGAUACGAGCAACUCGUCCUUUAACGAUUCCAAGGAGAGCAAUGAAAUAUCCGAAGCCGAAUGUGACCGCGACAAUGGUCCGCGUGGGAACUAUGGAGAACCAUCUGAGGCUUCAUCGAAAUCCAACGAUGCUAUUAACGGUGACGAAACAGAGAAAUUAUUGAAAAGAAACGAAGUCAAACCCAAGUACACCAAACAAACAGCAGCCUCCGGUAGCACAGGACUCACAGCCUACGAUACUAUGGCAGUGUAAUCUGUAAGCCAUUAAGUUCCGCCGUGCUCAGCAGCACUCUGCAACCCAUUCAUCAACCGGUAGUUGUUGAGCAAAAGGAAAAUACGAUGGAUGUAGCUGAUGGUGUAUGUGUGUUGUAACCAACCCAAAACCUAGAGUAUGAUGCUGCCAUCAAUAUGUAAGCGGGUGAUUUUGCAUCGAGCACACCGGAUGAACGACGGUGUGUGGUUGCGUGCAGGACGAUGGCCACUAUGCACGAAUUUAGCGCAUUAUUUGUUAGUGUGUUUCAGCAAAACAAUUUUACCAUGGUUGAGACAAAUGUCAACGCGCUGACAACGCUUCUUGAACAUAAUUUCUUGUCUCGCAGUAGCAGCUGUGUGUCGUUUGUUCCAUGCAUUCAGGUCGAUGGUUUCAGCAUGAUCACCAUUAUACCCGUUCGUUGCUGAUGCUGCAGAAAGCAACAUGACUGCAGUGGUUCUUACGUUUAUUGUGCAUAUUUUUUUUAGUGAUAUGACUAAUAUUUUAUAACAAACAAAAAAACCGAUUUUACUUCGCAUUGAUAUUAAUAUGUAUUGAGUUAGGCAAGCGAACCAAAUAAUGGAAAGCACCAUUUCAAUAAGUUAGCGUUACGUAAUGCAACAGUUGCGCACACUUUUUUAGUCACCAAACGAGAGCAGAGAAGCUGUGUGAGUCUAACACUUUUACGACUAUAUAUAAAUAUAGCAAACUAGUAUUUAAUCCCUUAUCUAGACUAUACCCUGGUCAGCUGUGUGUGACAUUGUGAAGUAAUGGCAAAAUCAACUAUAUGCGAUAGAUUAUUAUCCAAAUCGUUCAAUUUGACUACAGUUACAGCAGAGUAUGUAAUACGUUCAGCCUUACUGUGUACCAGUAAUUGUCCACCAGUAAUUUCUUAGUAUACAAGUCAAUAUGAACUAAACGUUUUAUUUGAAUGUUUGGAAAGAUUUCUUCCGAAUGUUUUUUUUUAUACAAAGCGCUCCUAUAAGUUAGUGCACUUUUUUAAUAGAAAAAAAAAAACAUACCUAUAAUCUAUGGUAAACAAUGCUGACCAGAAGAUCCGGGGAAGCUUUAAUUGAUGAACACUUUCGUAAAGGUAAAGGUAAAAGACUUUACUCGAUACGCACGUUUAAAACUCAUAGCCCGUUUUUAAUACUUCACCGCAAUACGUGAGAUGCAGCAAUACAUGCCAACACAUGUUGUUCCAUCAGUACUGUCCAGGGAAAAUAGAGUUUAGGCUACAGAGUAAUUUGUAAUGUAUUAAGAGUCUGAGCACUGUGCGUAUAGCAUCUGAUAGGAAGAAAUGAGUAAGCGCAAAAUGAUGAGGACGCGCGACAUUUGUCCGCAAAAAUAACGUUUGUACUAACAGGAAACCAUUGUCCGGUGAAGGCUGCCAACGAAUUUGUUUGUUCAUUUCAAGCGUACUAAAAACGGUGUAUCUACCGGGGGAUGGUAAGAGCGUUUUCAUGCGAGUGUUGUAGUAAUAAUUGCCGGGGAGAACCUCUAAAACUUUAGUUUAGUGUAUAUGUUCACACUGUACCGCUUUCGCCCACUUUUUGCGUGCAUAGAAACGGAGAUAAGCUUUGGAUUAUUGUUUGUUUUUAGUGAAAGCUUCGUAAAGCUUGCAUAAUGAGCAAAAACACACACACACCAAAACUAAAUCCAACUGGUAGCUAGGUUUUAAACAAAUUGGACGCGCCUCUGCCGGUCAUCGAAACCGGUCGCUUUCGGGAUUGUUAUGUUAACAUUCACGAAACCCACACCAAUCGGCGCCAAUGUUUGCUCAAUCUAUUGCGGAAGACUUAUUGGGUUUUUUUUCCUAAGCCUGUUUGCAAACUUUCAAAUGAAGUGAGUAGGGUUUUUUUAAAUGUCUCAAGUAAUUAAAAACUUUUUUAUAUCCAGAGGUAAUCUAGCAGUGUUUGGAGACGAACUCGCUUUUUUGAGCAGUUUUAUGGCUAAUGACCUGACGGUUUACCUGACAGUCACCCGGUAGAAUUCUGUAAAGUAUUGGCCCUAUGCCAUCCUAUCGUCUGCGUGUAUCGGUGUGUUUAUGUAAAAUGUCACCCCGGCAUGAAAAUGCAACUAUGGUUUUUCAAAGAAAAUUAAUAUACUUUCGUUGGUACGCUUUUACGCCGUUAAUGAACAGUCUGUGUAAAGAAGCGAGAAGUAACACGAAACCACCUAAAUAGCCAUUUAACGAUUAUUUUCCCGCAAAUGCAAUCUAACUGCGAUGGCAGCCAGACACAUUUCACUAUGGUACGACAAAAAGAGAUCGCGUGGCGAGGUUUGGUGUGAAUGUGAACGGGAACGGGCAGACAUUUUUUUUUGCGGGGGAAGUUUUUUAAAGGCAAAAAUAAGCAACAACAACAAAAAACACAGAACAGAAGGGUCAAGAAAAGUUGUAACUUACCAACUUACAUGUCGUGUUUUCCUCAACUUAUAAAACUACUAAACCAGUAUCAGUGUGAACGUAAAUAAUGCAGUUAAUGAAAACAAAAAUAGCCACUUAGUCAUUACUAUUCCACCCUCUCUCUCUCAAAACCCCUAAACCACCCCCAAGAAAAAAAACAAGCAUAACGAAAUGAUAAAUCGAUUAAGGAAAAUUAAACCAAAUUAGUGGUAGUGAGUAAAUUAUAAUCAACACAAGGUACAGGUGCAUAAAUGUUUUCGCAAACGGAGGAGGG